AUGGCUUCCCUUCUGACUGAUAUCCCUCAAUUCAGCGUCCUUCCCCCUCCCCCACCUCGCUACACCGUCCCUGUCGCCUAUGCAGCUGGUGCAUCAAACGGCAUGGCGGUGCCUGUGGUAGAAACAAACAACAUCAUCAGCCAUCCCGAAGGCGGUUGUUCUUUGCAGGUUGGAGAAGGCACCUAUCACCUCAAGGAUAACCUCCACCUCGCAACGCCGCCGCCCCAUCCCUCGGAAGCGCCUGUUGUGAACCCGAACCCGCUCGCGACUGGCGUGACCCCGCCAACCUCGGGCGUGAAACUCUCUUUAGUCCAAGUCAGCAACCAAAGCAAGGCCCCUACAUACUCUUUGAACGGAAAUGCCACAGCACCAUUGUUUGGCGAUGGGAACCCCGCGCUGGCCGCGCCGGUGGUUAAAGAAGGCCUCAAGAGGAGGAAACCGAAGAACAACAUUGUGAAGAGCAGCUCAUCGUUCGUAUCACGGGUAAUUACCCAUGAAGCCCUGACGAAACGCCUGAACGAUCGCAACCCAGACGGCUUUUUCGCAUUCGCCAACAUCAACCGCGCAUUCCAGUGGUUGGAUCUCAGUUCGAAGCAGAAAGAAGAGCCGCUGGCGAAAAUUCUCUUCACAAAAGCGCACAUUCUGAGCCACGAUAUAAACGAAUUGACGAAGAGCUCAUCGCACAUCGAUAUCGUUAUGGGUUCAUCGGCCGGGGACAUAAUAUGGUACGAGCCGAUCUCACAGAAAUACGCGCGCAUCAACAAGAACGGGGUUGUAGCCAAUUCUGCCGUAACUCAUAUCAAGUGGAUUCCAGGAUCGGAGAAUCUCUUCAUGGCCGCCUACGCCAACGGCCAGUUGGUAGUUUAUGAUAAGGAGAAGGAGGAUGCACUUUUCACACCCGAACUCAGCAGCCCUUCGGCUGAGAUGCUGAAAUCUUCGGGCCGGCAGCCAUUGCAGGUCCUCAAGUCGGUCAACUCCAAAAAUCAGAAGACGAAUCCGGUCUCCUUUUGGAAAGUCGCCAAUCAGAAGAUCUCCCAGUUUGCGUUCUCUCCGGACCGCAGACACCUGGCCAUUGUCCUGGAGGACGGGUCUUUACGGGUGAUGGACUACUUGAGAGAAGAGGUUCUUGACAUUUUUCGCAGUUAUUAUGGCGGUCUAAUAUGUGUUUGCUGGUCCCCGGACGGCAAAUACAUCGUGACCGGCGGCCAAGAUGAUCUGGUUACGAUCUGGUCCCUACCAGAACGAAAGAUCGUAGCCCGAUGCCAAGGCCACAACUCCUGGGUUUCUGCGGUAGCAUUCGAUCCCUGGCGCUGCGAUGAGAGAAACUAUCGGUUCGGCAGUGUUGGUGAUGAUUGCCGGUUGUUACUAUGGGACUUCAGCGUGGGCAUGCUCCACCGUCCCCGAGUGCACCAAGCGAACGCGCGCCAGCGGACAAGCAUGGUUGUGACCAACACGCAACUUAACAACAGUCAUCGCGCCGAUAGUGCCGGCAACCGAGUCCGGUCCGACUCGCAACAGACCGCCGAUACCUACAGCAGCUAUGAUCCGACCGUUCGCCAUCCGGUCGAGCCCAGGGCGCGGACGGCUCUGUUGCCACCGAUCAUGUCCAAGAUCGUCGGAGAAGACCCCAUCUGCUGGCUUGGGUUCCAAGAAAACUCCAUUAUGACGUCUUCUCUUGAAGGUCACAUUCGCACCUGGGACCGUCCCCGCGAAGGCAUCAACGAGAAAUAUUACGACCAGACCUCAUCCCCAGCUUUCAGCGCCAGUGCAGCGGCGUCGGGAUCCGGUUCUGCACUGGGAGACUCCGUGAUGGGGUCUCUUUGA